GCGGGAUGAUUCGUCCUGAUCGUGUUGUGCACACGGAUGUUGCUUCAAUGUCGACAUGUUUUCCAACUUGAAGCAGCUGGUCGUUUUCGUUCAAAAAGGGGGCACUCAUUGAGGGUUCCCCAAAAAACCGCUACGCCAUGGAGCCUCGGCGGUUCUGGCUCUUGCUGACCUUGUGCGGCGUGCUAGUGGCACAGCUAAAGGCGCUAAGCUUCAGCGAAUAUCGAAAGCGUCUUUUCGCCUUCAACCCUGCGACGCUGACGCCACAGUGCAGAUUAGUUUUUCAGAAGUGCGCCACCAAGCUGCUCAGCAUGGUUCACCUCCUUGAAAACGUAAGCAAGCGCUGGAAGGAUUACGAGUCCAUCCCGUGCAUGAAGAGUUCCUUCGAUCGAGGCUUUCCGGACUACAAGCAGGAAUGCAGUAAGAGCGGACUGUACGGAGAUGCCGUGAAAUGUCAGCUGUCGGAUGAAGCCUUGGACAUCUUCAAAGAGAAAAACAAGCUGGCACCUGCAUUGGAAUGCUUGCUUCAGAAUGCAAAAGACUGAAGAUAAUCGAGGGAGGGGCUGGUCAAUAAAUCAAGUUUUAAAAUGUGAGCGCACAAUUGGGGCGUCUCGCUUAUUCGCGCGCAAGAUCGCUACAGCCGCUUGAAAACACCUAUACGCCACGGAGAUAAUUUUGUGCGGGACACAUUCAGUAGCCGCAGCGGACAUAUCGGACUAUCACAUCUUGUAUCCCGGUUAAUGAAGCAACAGCAAAUUAUCUUGUUAGGCGAGCUCAUUGCAAACCACAUUCCUUAUCGCCGUGCUACGCCACAACGGAUGCGUUUAAAGAACCCUCUUUCUUUUGCUUCAAAAAAUAACAUAAUG